AUGCACGCCCGGUACCUUGUCUCUGGUCUUCCUCGGGUACUCCCUCCCCUCCCACCCUCCCUUGCUCCUCCUUGUCUUCCCUGUGUCGAGGGGCGGCAGCGCGCUGCCCCUCACUCCUCCUCGUUCCCCCCGACGACUGCUCCUUUGCAGACGCUCCACAUGGACUUGUGGGGCCCAGCCCGCGUCCGUGGUCAGGGCCAGGAGAGGUACUUCUUGAUCGUCGUUGACGACUACUCGCGCUACACCACGGUCUUCCCCUUGCACAGCAAGGGUGAAGUCCCUGAUGUCCUGAUCCCUUGGAUCAGCAGAGCACGUCUUCAGCUGCGAGAGCGUUUUCGCUCGGAGUUUCCUGUCCUGCGCUUGCACUCUGACAGAGGUGGCGAGUCCUCCGACCUCUUGGCAGCCUACUGUGCUGAGCACGGCAUUCGCCAGUCGUUCACGCUUCCGGCCUCUCCACAGCAGAAUGGGGUUGCUGAGCGCCGCAUUGGCCUGGUCAUGGAGGUCGCUCGUACCUCCUUAGUCCACGCGGCUGCCCCCCACUUUCUGUGGUCGUUUGCGGUCCGGUACGCUGCGCAUCAGCUCAACCUCUGGCCCCGUGUCUCCUCUCCGGAGACCUCGCCCACACUGCUGUGGACGGGGGAGGUUGGCGAUGCGUCACGCUUCCGUGUCUGGGGAUCCCGAGCUUUUGUUCGCGACACGUCUGCGGACAAGCUCUCCUCCCGCACUGCUCCCUGUGUCUUUCUUGGCUUUGCCCCGGAUGCGUCUGGCUGGCAGUUUUACCACCCCGCCUCGCACCGCGUCUUCCUCUCUCAGGACGUCACUUUUGACGAAUCUGUGCCCUUCUACCGCCUCUUCCCCUACCGCACUGCCCCGCUCCCUCCCCCGCCUCUCUUCCUCGCGCCAGGUGCUGCAGUGGUAGACCCCCUCCCCCCUCAGGGUGCCGCUCCCUCAGGUGUCUCUCAGGUAGACCCGGUUGAGCCUGCCGAGGUAGCUGUCGACUCGCGUCCUGCUAGAGGGUACUGA